AGCUUCUCAGAAACUAUUGGACUGUUUUGUGCUCAAAUUUUGUAUUUUGCUGUAUGAAAUUACGUUGUUUAAAAUUAUGUGAAAAAUUGAUAUCUUACUAUUCAAAAAUUGUUCCACUAUUGAACUAGUGGGACCAUAUUUCCCAGAUAACGGCUACACGCAUGUUUUGGGAUUCUUAAAUCUAAAUCCAUAAAAAAAAGAGGAUAUUUCUGUAUUGUAAUCUGCCACACCAACUACAAUGGCUAAGACUCCAAAUUGAUUUUAAAUAGGAAAAAUUAAAGAAAGUAUAUGUUGAGGUUUGCUAGAGGUGAAAACAAGUUAUAUCCUUCAAAUUGGUCCUUUUCUGCAAUUUUUUUAUAUUUAUUUUCUUGUGGGCUGCUGCUUGCAAGCUUCCAAGACUUGGUGAUUAUUCUGCCACAGAUCAUGAUACGUAAAUCGCCACAGAAAAAGAGUUUUCUCUUGUGUGUAAAGACUGUAACAUGAGUUUAAAUUUAGUAAAAGAGAAAUAAGAAGGUAGUAUUUUUAAAGGCAUGGGAAAAUCUGAACUAGCUUCUAUUACAGCAUUUGAAUGCCGAAGUGUACUAGAUUCUAUACAAAAUGAGUUUGAUCAGUUACAGAGAGAAAAUACCAAUUUAAGCAAGCUGCAUGAGGAACUGGUUGAUUUGAUUGCACAGAGGAAUGUAUGGGCCAAAAAGAAAAGCUUUAAUGAAAAAAAUUGUGUUAUCUGCUGCUUAGCCUUCAAUUUAUUAUUUAAAAGAAAACUACUUUGCCAAAAUUGCCAGCUCUGGGUAUGCCGAUCAUGUGCUGCUUGGGAUCAUUUAUCCAAUCAAUGGUUGUGUAAUGUUUGUGAAAAACAAAAGCUUCUGGAUGCUGCCUCAAGUGACUGGAUUUGCAGCCGUAUAAAAGCUAAUUUUGGAAACUUCAAUGCUGCUAAGUCACUGCAAAACUUUUUGAGACAUAGAAGAAUAUCUGACAGUGAGAAUGAUUCAGGCUAUGGAACCACCAGUGACUAUUUUCCUUUGAUGAAAUUUUUAAGCUCUCAAUCUUUGAAUAAAGAUCUGAAGAUGACAGGGGAUUGUGAAGAGGAAACAGGGGAUGAAGAAGAAUUGCAUGAAAUUCAAGAUAGCAUUGAAACAAUAUUGGAAGGUCUUUUAGGUGGUGUCCUUGGGGAUGCUUUUGUAGAUCAACUAUAUCCAAACUCUAUACUUUAUUUAAACUUGUUUUCUGAAUACCAACCUAAACUUGUUAAAGUUAUAGAAGAUUUAUCAAGAGCUCUACAAAAGGCUCUUCACAAUUUACCAAAUGAGAAUGGCAUCACUCCUACUACAGCUCAUGCUGCACUUAAAAGUGUUAUUGCUGCUCUUGUCGAUGAGUGUCAAGAUAUUCCUUGUCUGGAGUCCACACCUGAAGAAGAAGAUUCUAUGAGUCAACAGAUGCAGUCUCUCAGCUUUACACAUGUGAUGUCCUCUUAUGAAAGUCUCAUUGCUGCUGCUGUAAUAAACAAGGUUGUUGAGGAGAGCCAAUCUAAAUUCAAAAGCUGUGCUUACACGGAAUCAAAACAAGAAAUUGAAAAUUAUGCUAGUGAUUUCCAUUUGGAUAAUGAAAAGUCAUUUGACAAUAUGUUGAAUUCCACUCCGUUUGAUUUGCCUGUGAAAUGCGUGCAAAUAGAGGAAAUUGAAGAGAUAACGCAAGAGUUUACGGACUCAGAAGAUGACAAACUAAGCAGCAUCAGCAAAUAUUCCAGUAGCCAGCAAAAUAUUGAUGAAGUUGGUGAAACCAAACAUUCUGAUCUGGACUCCUUUAUUAACUUAGACCACCCAUCGGAAGCCCCUAUUCCGUUUCCGGAAUUCGGGUGCGACUUGAUCGAGGAGAAUUUAGAUAACGGAGAUAGCCCUUGCCAUUUUGUUUCAACGACCUCCUGGGAAGAGAACUGGCUGUUCAGAAAGAAGAAGCGCUUACCCCUCUACAGCAAUUUCAAGUACCAGCUUUUAACGUACUGCGAUGAACCUCCCACAAUGUUCAUACCUUAUCCGUCUGAAUCCACUGAUGUAGAACCGAAUGAGUCAGUGUCAUCUGAACUAUCUGAAACAAAUUCACUUGGAACUAUAGACUUUUCCAGUGACUCUGAAUCUCUGGAAGUAACAGACGAAGAAAAACUAAAGUUUGAAGAUAAUGCUAUGUCUAAGUCAUAUUCUCAAUCAUUCCAAUCUAGUCCUGUAUCUUUACUUUCAAGAGAAGAAUCAGUCUUUCAGCCUCUUGGCUCCUGCUAUUUAAAUAGGGAGAAUAUUGAAAAUGUUACCUUUGAAGCAGAUAUUGCUGAAGAAGUAGACGUAAAAAGGUCGAAAGAGCAUGUAUAUGGGAUGGAAUAUAAAGGACAAAAUCCUAUGAAAAUUGAAGAGGAAGAAUCUAAACAUAAUUUGAAUAUGAAAUUAGAAGAAGAAUUACAUGAGAAAACUCCUCCACGACCUGGUACUAUUGCAGAAAGAGAGCACAAGAAAUGGUUGAAUGCAGUUCCUUUAAAAAACAACCCGUACAGUGCUGAAAAUAUUUCUAAGCGAUCUACACACAAGACUGGAUUUCGAUCAUUUCAAGAUUUUGAACACACUGUACCAUCUGAUGAAUCCCCUCUUCAUAAAGUGAACUGUGGCCCCAAGUCCAUCAACAGUGAAUUGUAUGAGAGAGACUAUUACAUUAACAAGGAAAUCCCACCUUCUGACAGACUGUUUAAACUGCAGAGCUCCAUGAGACGUGUCUCUCCCGAUAACUGCCUUUCUGAUGAAGCUCUCAAUUCAUUUGAAGAAAAAGUCUAUGUAAGGUCUGGAAAAGUGUUUACAUUGGAGAAUCGUAUCAGGAGACUUGAGCGAGAAAUUAAAGACACUUCAAUCGACACACCGAGGGAGGCCAAUCGGGAGAAUGAAGAAAUCUUCCAUAAAAAAGUAGUUUUAGGAUCCAGUAAACAAGAAGUUGAAAAACUGAAAAGAAGUAGACCAUGCCAGAAGGUUCAUAGUUUGACAGCUCGAAGUUUGUCAAGGGAGUUCCGCGAUCUUGCCAAACUGAAUUUUCCUAAGCCAAUGAAUAGAACUAUUCCAGUGUCUUCCCUGGACGCGGAGAGAGAAACUUUAUGCAGCCCCGAAUCAGCUCAAGGCUCCACCCAAGGGGACAAUGGACAUGGCUACACGUCAGAUGAAAGUAACACCAGUUCUACCUCAGUCAAUAAGAUAAAAGUUGGUCGCCAUAUCUCGAGGUCUAUAUUGGAAAGAGCCACUUAUUGGGAACGGCGUGCAGAGCAGGGACUUUUGAGUGACGCUUCUGUGGGUGAAGAAUUUCCAGGUGUCGAUGUAGAUUAAUUCAAUUAUUUAAUUGUUAAUACUAUUAUCUUGUCUUUUUUAGAGAAAUGGGGCUGCAGGGGUGCCAACUCAUUAAGAUUUUAAAUUUACAUCUUCAUAUUAUGAUUUUCGAAAAUUUUGAAUUUUUGAAGAUUAUGCUUUAAUGACGGCAAAAUUUAUUUUUAAGAUUUAUUUAUCAAGAAUCGAAUUUCAAAGGAGAAAUGGAAUUUUUAAACUAAACUUUUAAAUUUCUUGAUAGGUUUUUUUUAUUAUUUUAUAAAAAAAUAUAUAUGUCAUUUGAAAAGAUGGCAUCCCUGUCAAUAUUGCGCUCAUGAUCUAUUUUUUUUUUUUUUUUUGUCUAUACGUAUUGACUGUAAUCUUUAUGGUCAUGCUAUACUGUCAUUCAAACAAGUUAAAAUUAUUGCUUCAGGCAUUAUAGUAAUAAGUUUUAGCUUAAAAGGUAUUGUUUUUCCUUAAUCACUUUAAGGUUUAGGUUCAGAUUAUUUGCAUUUCUGAAACUAGAACUGAAAAAAUUCUUUUUAAUAUUAAAACUAAUCUCAUUUUGGUGUGUGCGAAAUGACUACAUACGUGUAAACUGUUAACUCAAAAGGCAGCUAAUAACACUCGGGUUUCUUUUUUUUUUUUUCUUUUAAGUCAACAGAUUAUUUUUUUCAAUGUAUUAGAAUUGAUCUUGUGCCAGUAUUAGUGCUAAUUUUUAGAACAGCUAAUUAUAUCCUUUUUUAUACAGUAAAUUUCUUUAGGUAGUAACCUAUUUUGCAAUGUGUGAAAACUUAGUUUUAUUUAAAAAUAAAAUUUUUAAAUAUCUAGAAAAGUAUUAAUUGCUUGUAAUGCUAACUUCCAUUGCUGCUAAUUUAUCAUAAUUUUUUAAAUAAUAACUUUUUUCAUACAUAAUUUUAGAAUUCUUACAUGCUAUUUUUAUUAUAAAAGUAAUUUAUGUAUAAAACUUUUUUUAGAACUCCAAUUUGCGCACAAAUGUAUUAAGUUAAAAAAAAAAUAAUACUUUAGGGAGGAAAUGUUAUUGAUGCUAAUAAAGGGUUGUGUGUAGAGUUCUUAUUUUGACUUGUUUUAAUUGAAGUAGAGCAUGAGUUUAGAAUAAUUUAAGUCACUUGUUAUAAUAAUGCACUUACUGUGUGUAAAAAAAAAAUUUAUUUUUUGAACUCAUUUUUUUCAUGAAGUACAUUGUUUUCGUAUUGUUAAUUUACUGCAUGCAGUCAAAUCUUGAUAUUGCAAAAAAAAAAAAAAAAAUUCAUACUACAAAGGAAAUAUUUAUUAUCUUUUGCUAUUCUCACGAUGUAGAAAAAAAUCUUUGGGAAUCAAUUUUAACAGAUUUUAAAAUUAUUAAAACCAUCUAUUUUAAAUCAAUAAUAAAAUGUUUAUGACAAAUUAAACAUUACUUUUCAGGCAUGAGUGAGUAUAUUUAUUUACUUAGACUCCAAAAGUAAAAAUGUUAUGGGAUAAAAUGUUUUGACUGCUAUUCAUCUUAUAAUUGACUCAAUAUUUAUGGAAAUAGAUACUAGCAGUUUUGUGAUCAGGCAGUGGUGUAGUUUUGGGGGGGAUUUAGGGGCAAAACCUCCUCUGAAAUUAAAUAUGGCUUGAUUAAUGAACUAAUGUACAGUAAGUAGGAUGUAGAUAUAAAAAAAGUUUCAUUA